GGGGCAGCAGUGACCCUGAGGACUGCGCACGUGCCUUUCCAUUCUGGCACGAAGAAGAGAAUCUGCCUCGACGGUGGAGGUGGAAGGAAAAAAAAAAGGAGUUGUGUUUACAACAACAUAAUGGAGGCUAAACGGUCGAAAUACGUCUCCAGGCGCAUUUUAUUGACUGGAUUUACGCUAUAUGUCGCAUUAGUCACAGAACAGACGUGCGGCCUGGAGAUUCAGGCCGACCCCGAGGUGAUCGUCCAGAACGGCACCACGGGGGUCCUGCGCUGCAGCUUCAAGUCCAGCGAGGUGGUCACCAAACGCACCACGGUCACCUGGAGGUUCCAGUCCAAUCAGCCCAGUAGCCAGUUCUACGAGUCUCCACAUGUGAUUUUCUAUUUUUCCGACGGUCAAGGAUAUCCUGGACCGGAUGAUUUCAAAGGCCGAGUUCAGUUUAUCGGAGACAUCAACAAGAGGGACGUCUCCAUCCAGCUGACUCCGACUCAGUUCAGCGACAACGGCACCUUCUUCUGCGACGUCAGGAACCCCCCUGAUGUGGGGGGGACGCAGGCAGAGACGCAGCUCAGGGUCGUCUUGAAAGAAGCUCUUCCUCAGAAGAACACCGGCGUCAUCGUUGGUGCGGUCUGCGGGGCGUUGGUGCUUCUCGUCCUCAUCGCCAUCGCCGCCUGCCUCGUCAUGAGGGUGCUUCACAACCGCCAUGAGUACGAAGGAUGCACCACCUUGGAAAGCAAGAGCCCUCAGGCUCCACAGCCGCCAAAGAAGGCGGAGUCCAGCUCUGGGGGCUCCAGGUGCACCAGCCCCUCUGGCCCACUACAGGGCCCGGUGAUAUACGCACAGCUGGAUCACUCAGGGAGCAAAAACUCCUUCCACAAGAUGGAGCCGGUGGUCUACGCUGACAUCCGAAAAAACUGAAGAACGACCAAAACCCAGAAUUCAAGGAAAAAAAAAACAGCAGAGUGAGACCUCUCCCAUCGGCUGCUCUUUGGAAGGGGGGGGUAUUUUAACAGGGAAAACUAAAUUGGUGCAGAUCCUCCCUUUUGAAUUGUCCUCUUUCUGUUCUCUGAACGCAUGAAUCUGUCGGUGGUCGUGACGUCUCCUCGUGCUUUGAUGUAAAGAGAAGAAAACACUAGAAACUGCAUCGCAUCAGCGUCGGAGAAACGUCUUUCUGCAGGCUGCUGCACCACCGUCUGCUCGUUAAAACGGGAAAAUGGCCGCCUCGUCCUCCGCUAUUGGUGCUGCUCGUUAUUAUUUAUUUGUAGAGUUGAGCGUUUGUGCGGGCGUCGCUCCGACCGCAAACGUCGCCCCCUUCUGGAGGAAAGCGGCGCCGCCCGCCGACCUUCAGCUUCCUGACGUCUUGGUUUGCCGGGAGAUCCACUUUGGAGGAAAAAAAAAUGAACCGACGGGUUCUUCCAGGUCUAUAAAGAUAGGCUUAGCAACACUAGAUGCAACAUAAGCUGGUAUGAUGUGUUAAAAACAUAAAUUUGUAGUUUUUAGGCUCAACUGACAGAAAAUUUCUGAGAUCAGCUAAAAAACUGGAUUUGAAAUCAUUUUUCCAACGUUUGGUGCAUCAGUCUGCAGACGACGGCUCAUCUCCGCGGUAGUCCUGUGGGUGGAGGCGUUUGGCCCCCCCUCGGCAUCAUUGCAUGCGACCCCGCCCCCCUCCCCCUCCCUGCAGCCCAGCUGACGUGGUGUUACUGUGAACGCUUCUGUGACGUCCUGGCAUGCUGUCGUGGUACUUUCACUCCUUUUUGGAUUUCCACCUCCGACGGAGCACGCGUGUGCCCCACCCCCCUCAAAAAAAGACCCUUGAUGUUCCUUCACUUUAAGGAAGCAUGUUAGAAAAACGGUUCAUUUGAGGUGAAAGAUGUUUAUCCAAACUCAGAGGUUAUUUGUGGAGCAGAACGCUACUUUGCAUGCAGCUUACUAACAUCAUUACAGCAAAGCUGUUUUCAUAUGUUAUCCUCAGAAAUGUACCAAAUAUCAAACCAUCUAAGCUUUUAAUCCAUUCCAUGUUUUUUUUUGUUUCGGUUCGUUUUCAUGCCUUUAAAGCCAAAUUUGCGUUGCCUGAGUUUGUUUUUUUGAAGGAUCUCUGUUGCUUCCGGCCUGAAGGCCUCCAGCUUCACGAUGCAGUAACUGACUGAUGCCUGUACAUAGAUCCCGUCUGGUGCCGUUCACUGUAGCUCAUUCCAGCGCCGCUCUCGCAGACGCCGUUUCCUCCGCUCGGCCGUGCUGACGAGCGCCGCUCUUUUGUUUGUGUUUCUGUUUCCUCACGCCAGUCUUAAUUAUUUUUGUCUCCAGAAACCGUCAACGCGUUAAAGUUUCUGUUGCUGCUCCGCCUCCUUUAAGGUUUCUUCAGUCCAAAACGUUUCAAUGUUCUGCUUGUUUUUGAGGGAUGAAAUUAUCCUGAAGUGUGGCUAAAAAAGCUCAGAGCAGAAGAAACACCUGCAGGCCUGACUUCCUGAGGCUUCAGGAAACUUCUUAAAACUUCAGGAAACUUCUUAAAACUUCAGGAAACUUCCAGCCUGUUCUUGAGUUUUUUAAAGUUGCAGAAAAACUUUAGUUUCAGUCACCUCAUGAUUCCUCAGAAGCUUCACGAUUUGAUGAAGAUGUUCAGACGUUUCUCUUCAGUCAGUUUCAGAAAAGAUCUGCCUUCCUGAAGCUUCAGUAAACUUUUUGAAACUUGAGGAAACUUCCAGUCUGGUCUUGAGAUUUCUAAAGUUCCAGAAACCUUUAGUUUCAGUCAUUCACUUCUCAUGAUGCUUCAGAAGCUUCUAUGAUUAGUUGAAGAUGUUCAGAUGUUUCAGAACCUUUCCUGAAGCUUCAGGAAACUUUUGAAACUCCAGGAAACUUUCAGUCUGAUGUUGAGAUUUCAUAAGUUGCAGAAACCUUUAGUUUCAGUCACUGGAUUCUCAUGAUGCUUUAGAUGCGUCUUUGAUGUGGCGAUUUGCAAAUGUUUCUCUUCCUUCAGUUUCAGGAAGAUUGGCCUUCCUGAAACUGAAGGAAAGGUUUUGAAGCUUGAUGAAGCUUCCAGUCUGAUCUUUAGAUUUCUGAAGUUGCAGAAAAAACUUAAGUUUCAGUCACUUGCUCUGCGUGAUGCUUCAGAUGCUUCUACGAUUUGAUGAAGACGAUCAGACGUUUCAAAAAGUUUCCUGAAGCUUUAGGAAACUUGAGGAAACUUCCUGUCUGGUCUUGAGAUUUCAAAAGUUGCAGAAACCUUUAGUUUCUGUCAUUCGCUUCUCAUGAUGCUUUAGAGGCUUCUAUGAUUAGUUGAAGAUGUUCAGAUGUUUCUCCUCACCCGUGUGCAGAAAGGAAACUUUUUGAAGCUUCAGGAAACUUCCAGUCUGAACUUUAGAUUUUCAAAAUGGCAGAAAGCUUAAAUUUCCAUCACUUGCUCUCUACGAUUCUUCAGAAGCUUCUUUAUCAUUUGGUGAGGAUGUUCAGUCGUUUCUCUUCACCCGUUUCAGCCUGUCUCUCAAAGCCUUUUCUGACUCCAGAUAAAUGUUUUAUUUUUGUCCGACUCCACAUGAACCCGAGGAAGUUUGAUUGACCAAAUUCCGUCCUGAAUCUCUGCUGAAGAAAUCUCGACUCUUUGCGUGCUAACUCUUCCUGCUCUGAACGUCGUACGACGGACGCUGGUUUUCGUGACUCGUAGUGUGUCGUGCUGUCAUAGAAACCGUGAUGUAAACUAUAAAUUAUGAAAGAUUCCAGAUUGGCAGCGUUCCGGCGCUCGCUCUCCCUCACGACGAGUCUUAACGGAGUCUCUGGAUGGUGAAUGUUCGUGUUGUCGUCUUUACGUUGUAAAACCUGCACUAUGUUGCAUACCUGAAGACGAGGAUGACUCCGCCUGUCUUCAUCGUUUGUUUUUCACCUUUGCCUGUUUGAUGUCUUUAAAACUGGAAUGUUGUACAUUUAGUGCCUUUUACAUUUCAUCUGCUAACUUGAACAUCUGCUCAAAAAUAGAUUUUAUUUUCCUUUUACUGUAUGUAUUUUUUUAUAUCACCUCUGUAUCCACUGUUCAAAUUUGAUAUAAAAUCCACUCCUGACCCA